AUGUCCUCCUUUUUCGACGACGAUGAUGAGGAUGAGUCUUUGCCAGUUGCAAGGAGACAAGCAGGACCACCGCAACAGUGGGGCAAUGGCGCCAAAGCCUCCUCGUCGAGGAGCCUAUCAAGAGAACAGAGUCUCGUGUCGGAAUCAUCCUUGGAAGUCGGCGGAGGAGGUACAGGCUCAAGGUCAUUCCUCACUCGGCUUGAAAGUACCAUAUCACCCAGGCGAGGGAGAUAUAGCGAGUCCAUCGGACUUGACUCGGUAUUAGAUGGAGAAGACGCCGCCCACGAUAUCGGUAUUGGACAUGAAGACAACGACGAGUUGGAUUUAGAUUUAGACGAUGAUCCGGAUUUGGACGACGUUCAGCGUAUGUGUAGAGUGUGGGUGAAAGAACGAGGAACGGUGGAUAUCAUGCAGUGGGAGGGAGAUUUGAUGGAUACGUUGUUUGACAAGCUGGAGCAGCAGGCCAAAAUGGUUAACACGCUUCGGUCUGACCCUCAGACAUCAGAGGAAGAACAUUUCAAGCUCGUUCUAGUGCAGACUGAGAUGGAACGAGUCAAAUUUUUGAUUCGGUCAUAUGUUCGGACCAGGCUCAGCAAGAUCGAGAAGUACUGUCAAUAUAUCUUAUCCACUCCAACCGUACAUCCCCUCUUAUCAGGUGCAGAAAUGUCUCACGCCAAACGAUACGCUGAGCUCUUGCACACCCAUUUUCAACAUUCCGUCUUGGACUCUUUACCAGAAUGGCUGAGGGGUAUGGAAGAUACGUACGGAGAUGGCAUGUCGAUGGUCGCCAAGCCGAACAAGAAUGUCCCAGUGUUGAUAUAUUGUCGGAAAGACUGCGGAGAGAUCACAUUGGAAGGUGGAGAAGCCGCUGCAUUGGCCAAAGGGACAACUCAUCUGGUCAAAUACAAUCUGGUGGAGAGCUGGAUCAAUCUGGGAUGGGCAGAGGUCCUAUAA